AUGCCAUCGGACAACCAGCAACAUAUCGAUGGCCAGCAACCUGCAGGCCGUGGGGGCUCAGAUUUAAGUGUCACACAAGACACCGUUCCUCCUGAAGAUAUUCCGGCCGUUCAACAAUACGUGAGCGAGAUUCUGGUCGGCGUGAACGUGGAACAGGACCAUCACCCCCACAAUCAUGAGGAAGUUGUGGAGUCGAACGACCAGUCUGAUCAUCCGAUUCACAGAAGAGCUCCCUCAGAGUCCGCAUGGUUCGGACGUGGGGUCACAGGGCGAAAUGAACUACUUGAGUUGCUCAGACGGCAAGCUUUCCAUCAUAUUCCAUUAUUAGGACCAUCAGAAGACAAUGGCGUCUCUCUGCCAACCCUUGAACUCCUCCAACGGGCCUGCGCCGAUUAUGGACACCUUGACGCGUUCUUCCGCGAGGCAGAUGAGGCCUUUGUGAACGCUCUGACCGAGUCUUCCGGCCGUUUCAGAGUCCCAAUACCUUUGUUGGUACCUACCGGUAGACAUGCAUUCUUAAGCUUCUACGCUUUUCUCAUAAGAGAUAAUCAAGUGGUGAGCAGUUGUUGGGAGGACUACCAUGGAAGAGUUAGUACCGUCAUGAGAAGAGUUGCAAGAGAUCUGGAUGUGCCUAGAACGCCGAAUCUUCUGUAUGUCAGGUUGGCACGUCAAGACCGUGGAGUUUUUGAAAGCAUAGGAAAAUACAUGAGGCGGAGGGGGAGGGGCUUAAUCUUGCGAGGCGGAUGGCCGCAAGCAUUCUCUUCAGAAGUUCGGAACGGCCGCUGGAUCGAAGAAUUUGAGUAUGUUGUUACAUAA